AUGCCGAACAAAGUGGUCGAGACCCCUUUCCCGCUCAUCGAUGCGGACCCCCAUGCCUCUCGUGUAAUUCGCUUCAUGCGCCCCUCGGACUACGCCGUGUGGGCAGGUGCGACCGGCGCGGCACCUACCGCCUUGUUCUUGUGGGACAAGUGGGACCCCUCUACGCUCAAGCUUAGGUCUCAGCUGCGUCUCGGAGGCUUCCUUGGUUUCGUCGGAGGCUUCCUGUUGGCGUAUCAGCGGUCAAGUUUCCGGUUCUGGGGCUGGUCCGAGAACAAGCGGGAGGAGGAGAAGGACUUCGCCGAGCUGAGCGACCGUGCAAGGCGGGGCCUGCCGUUGUACGGCGAGUCCGACCAGCCUGAGUGGAUCCAGGGUGUUGCGUACCGCAACUCUGCGUUCUCGCAGCUCAAGUUCCACAUCUUCCCCAUGUUCAAUCUGGUCAACCACCCCCACCACGGAACAGACCCGGAGAAGUACAAGCCCAAGGACGAGUCCUCCUGA